AUGCUCUCUAUGUUGCCAGCGGAGCUGCUGCUCUCAAUAGCAAGCUAUCUUGAUAGUCACACCGACAUUCUGCGGCUCGCCUCCUGUUGCCGUACCUUCUAUCCACUUUUGCUACCCGGAGUCUAUCUGUCGCUCGACCUGAUAGAGCACUCCAAUGGCCACUUGAGUCAUCUGGUACACACACUAGCAUCCAAGCCCGCAUUAGCGCAAGAAGUGCGCACUUUGCGUAUCUCCAAUGGCUGGCGACCGACUUCCGGCGUGCGAUAUGAACGGGAGGUUAUCCUACCAGUUCUGGAAUCAGCCUUGGGGCCCGCCGGCACCCUAUUCACAUGGGACCGGAAACUACAGAAUCGAGAGAGAAACGAUGCAUGGACUGUACUGCUCCUUGCCCUCUUGCCUAACCUGGAGGAUCUAGUCCUGGAGGUCCAUGAUUUUCCAAGCUACACUCUCGAGUGGAUGUCCAGGAUCGCCCAGGAGGAGGGCUCCAGUUUGUCUAGAUUGAGAAAUUUUACAGUCUUGUGUUCCGAAGUAGAUGGUGGUAUCAGCUCAUCGCACUUUCUUCCAAUCCUUCGACAUCCUUCGCUGCGAAGCUUUUGUGGCCAUAUGAUAUGCGAUGGUGGCAGCACUGACGACGAAUAUGCCGAAGACGAAGCGUUCGAUGCGGCUAGCUACGUGCCUGACAACCUAAGGUACUCCAAUGUUACUCAUAACCGACUCGAAUCCUGCUGUUCUCGACGGGGUUUUGCAGAUUUGAUCGGCGCACCCAAGAGUCUCGAAUCUUUUAUCCUUGUGCAUUCCGAUAACCCGACUCACGCGGAUAGUGAGUCGAUGUACGCGACGAGAUACUAUCCACCAUUGCACAGACAUCGGGAGACCUUGCAAAAGUUAACCCUGACCCACGAUUAUGCUCCUUACCAUUGUGAUGACUAUGAUUACGUUGGGUCAUUUGUGGAAUUCAGUGCGCUGAAGGAACUUAGGCUGCGGGCAUCUCAUAUACUUGACUGGUACCGAGACUGGAGUGAAAACAAGCCAAGGAAUACAUUGAGUGAUAUAUUGCCUUUGUCGCUGGAAAGCCUUACUAUUGACGGUCAAGAGACACAGCAUACAUUUGAACUAGCUAAGGAAUUUCAAGACCUACUUUCAAGAGGAAAGUACCGCUGCCCAAACUUGACUUACCUCGAGAUCAAGGGAUACUGGAUGCAUGUUGAGCAGUCAACUGAGGAGUCUAACGCUAGACCUCGCCCUAUACCUGCUUUGUUAGAGGAGUUUGCGGUUUUUAAGGCAGAACUUGAAUCAUUAUGUUCGGCUGUAGGAGUUGGGUUUCGUCUGCGUGAUUUACAUAUCGAGGAAAUUAUUGAGCGGAAUCACUUGAAUGGCUUUAGGAGUGAUGCCCUUUGA